CUCUAUCCUAUCUUCUUUGGUUUUGUGUUUUAAGAAGGAGGCGUUUCUAGAGAAGGGAUUGAAGUUUAUUUUCAUAAUCGCAAAUAAAUAACAAUAGUGAGCGAUUAUCAGUUGGCACCAAUUGUCGCAGUAAUAAGGAACCUGCCGUUAUCCAUAUUAUAAACCCAAAUAAGGUUUCACAACUUGAAAAAUGCCGGAUACAUCUAACAUAUCUCAUUAUCCUUUAAAGGUGAUAUUUGCAAUUCAUUUAGUACUAGUAACAUGGAGCAUUCAGGGAUACUGGUGUCCAAAAUCAGUUAUGUUUUACAAUUUUCUAUUCUUCAUCUGCUUAUUAUGGGCUAUUCACAAUAUUGAGUCAGAUGAACCAUUACAAUUUGCACUCUUCAUAAAUGUUAUUUCUAUAUUUUUCGAUGUAGUAACAUUAGCAGUCUACUUUCCAACGACAUAUGCAUCUGAGAAAUUUAGCGCGGCGAUUAUGAUCAUAAAUAUGAUCGUCCGUGUCUUGACAAGCGUAUACCUUCUGCGAAUAGGCCAAACAAGAGGUGGAUGUUUAGCCACAAUGUUUUCUCAGAGUCCAGCGAUGGGUCAGUAAAACAUUGGGCAUCGUUUUUGCUUUAAGCUUAGGGCGAGAAGACUACGAAGACAUAUCUCAUCCAAUUCCACAGAAUUCGGACUAUGCUGGUUUUCUACAAGGCUCUGCAUGACAUCUUCAAAAUUCUAUGUAUCAAAAAUCACAUAACGUUGUAUCGUAUCUAUGUUAGCUCGUAAGAUGUACGCGCACGCAUACUCUCGAUACUCAAAUCUAUUUGUCGGAACAGAAUCGGUAUAUGUCGAAGUACUUAAGAAAAGUAAUACUCGGUACGAACGGAGGAAUGAUAAAAGUUAAAAGAAGGUAAUUAUUUUUUCAAAGGAAUCACCUUCUGUCGAGUUGUACCGCAGUAAUAACAAGAUCUAUCGAAACACGGUCUGUCGUUUCGGUUACCUUUAUUUAUCCAAAUGUUUACAGUGUAUAUUCUACGACAAUAACACAAAGAAAUAUUGUAUUAUUGUAACUGUGUAAUUAAUUUUAACUUAGUUAUACGUUUCAUACAUCGAAUCAGCGAAGAUUUAUUCUGUAUGACUUUGUAUUUAUAACAUGUGAAUAAAAAACUUAAAUAUAGUAGAAUGAUAAAAA